AUGCCUUCCUUAUUAUCUCCAACCACAACAUUAAAUAAUGGUCAACAAAUACCGAUUGUUGGUUUGGGAACCUGGCAGUUACACGGUGAUGAAAAAACAGAAUUUAUUAAAAAAGCCAUAGAUUUAGGAUACAGACAUUUCGAUACAGCAUGGUUGUACAACAGCGAAAAAGUUAUAGGAGACGCAAUUCGGCAAAAAAUAGCAGAUGGUACCGUAAAAAGAGAAGAUUUGUUUAUAACAACCAAGCUCUGGUGUUCAUAUGCUCAUCCGGAUUUGGUCGUCAAAGCUUGUCGAAAAAGUUUAUCAAAUUUGGGUCUUGAUUAUCUUGAUUUAUUUUUAAUACAUUGGCCGUUUGUCUUUAAAUCCAUAAAAGAAUAUUUUCCCCGUGAUUUAAAGGGGAAUUUAAUAAUAACCGAUGAUGAUUAUGUUACUACCUGGAAAGAAAUGGAAAAAUGCGUGGAAUUAGGAUUGACGAAAUCCAUCGGAGUAUCCAAUUUCAAUUCCGUACAAAUAGAAAGACUUUUAGAAUCCGCUAAAAUAAAACCUGUCACAAAUCAAAUAGAAGCUCAUCCAUAUUUAAAUCAGAAAAAAUUAAUAGAAUUCUGUCAUAACAGAGACAUUAUCAUAACGAGUUACGGUCCCUUGGGAGGCAUGCCUUCCGCAGCCAAACCCGAAUCGAAACCUAUGUUGGAAAAUCCAAUUAUGGUUAAAAUAGCAAGAGAAAAAAACAAAACCACGGCUCAAAUUUCUCUCAGAUAUUUGAUACAAUGUGGUACGAUUGUCAUUCCAAAAACUUCAAGUCCAAAAAGGCUUUUGGAAAAUUUAUCCGUAUUUGAUUUUACUUUGACUCCAGAAGAAAUGGCAGAAAUAGAUUCGAUAAAUAAAAAUGAAAGAAUUUAUAAAGUACCUGGGUAA